GCCCUCCCUAGCCCUCUUUCCUCCCGCCUACUCCUCGCUUUGCACUCCUUUUGUCCUUCCUUUUCUCUCUCGCCUUGCUCUCCUCGCCAGGCUCCACUCGCUUGUCGCCAGUCAUGGAGUCGGUGCAGUGUUUCGGUCGCAAGAAGACAGCAGUGGCAGUGGCUCACUGCAAGAGGGGCAAGGGUCUCAUUCGCCUCAACGGUUCGCCCCUGGAGCUGAUCGAGCCCGAUACUCUGCGCGCCAAGGCGUUCGAGCCCGUGACGGUGCUGGGCAAGGACAAGUUCGCCAACGUCGACAUCCGCAUCCGCGUGCAGGGAGGAGGACACGUGUCUCAGAUCUACGCCAUCCGCCAGGCCAUUGCCAAGGCCCUCGUUGCCUACUACCAGAAGUAUGUGGACGAGCAGUCCAAGCGGGAGCUGAAGAACGCUUUGUUGCGCUAUGAUCGCACGCUCCUCGUUGCUGACCCCCGCCGCUGCGAGCCCAAGAAGUUCGGUGGUCGUGGUGCCCGCGCCCGUUACCAGAAGUCUUACCGUUAAAUGCGGAGGCUUGGAAAAAUGUUUACUUUACUGGCUUAUUGCUUCUAUCGUUGCUGCUACGGCUUCAGGCAAGGCAAUGGCUAGCAAAUGCGAUUCAUGUUUGAAUGUCUUCCUGUCAUGUCGGUGCAGUUGGCUUCGAUGAAUGUAGUGUUGACGAAAGUGUACCUAGUCAGCAGUCCAGAAUUGGAUCUCCAUUUCUUUUUUAUCUGGAUGGUCAGUGGGUGCUCUGGAAAGCACAAAAGCCAAGAUCAGGAGGAAUAUGUUGGGCUGAGAAAAACCCUUUAGGAUCUUUUGCAGAGAUUAAGUCCCAGCUGUAAAGACUUGAGGCUUGGAGUAGUGCAGCGGAAGUUGAGGCAGUUGAACCCUUGUACUAGUAUGUG